GCGUAGAUGUCAAGGCUGCGGCGUGCCAGAGGAGGUUAGAAUUGCAAUACGAGGUUGUCGUUUCGUCGUGUGCUUCGCUAUAAAGAUCGUUCCUUUCAAAUGAGGAUAUAAGGUUUGUGCAAGUCAUAGGAGGCAGGUGUCUGAAAUACUAAGAACAUAUUCUAAUGCAUUACACACACCAAGAAGAAUGCCUACAAAUAAAUAUCAGUGCAAGAGCAAUGUGAAGUUAACAUCAUUCUUUGCUUUGAUUGUUAACUUGCACUUCAGUUUUGCGUAUACAAAAGAUAACUUUAUUGUUGAAGGUGACAAAAAUUCACCAGUUGUAAAUCAAUCACAAAAUACAAUAUGUUCCAAAACUGCAAUAGGAGAUGAUCUGAAACCAAAUAUUGUCCUGAUUAUGGCGGAUGACCUGGGCUGGGGUGACUUUGGCUCAUACUGGCCUCACACAGCUUUGACACCAAAUGUUGAUGCCAUUACCAAGGAAGGAAUGAGGCUCACAGAUUUUCAUGCUAGUGCAUCGGUGUGUGCACCAUCUCGAAGUGCACUCCUCACUGGUCGACUUGGACUAAGGACUGGAGUUGUGCAAAACUUUGCUAAAGAUGCUGUCGGGGGUAUUCCUGAGAAUGAGACAACGUUGGCAGAAAUCUUGAGAGAUGCUGGAUAUAGGACUGCUAUGAUUGGAAAAUGGCAUCUGGGUACAUCACCUGGUCACCAUCCUAUAGAUAAAGGUUUUCAGGCCUAUCUCGGAAUUCCAUACAGUAUUGACAUGGGCUGUACUGAUCCACCAGGGGCAAAUUUACCAGCCUGUCCUCCCUGCCCCCAUGAAAAUAUGGUCUUCAACAAGGAGAAUGAUUGUCACAUUUCAUGUGAUGAAGAAUUGGCUCUUCCUUUGUAUGUAAAUAAAACAAUAAUACAGCAGCCUGCACAGUUAAGGCAUCUCUCAGAAAUGUAUGCCAAAUUUGCAGAAGAAUUUAUGUCAGAAAGGAAGGAGCCUUUCUUCAUGUACGUUGCAUUGUCACACAUACAUGUACCAUUGGCCCAUGGCCCUAUAUUUGAAAAUAUUACUGGAAAAGGCAUAUUUGCUGAUACCUUGUUUGAGAUGGAUUGGCUCAUUGGAAAAAUUGUGAGAACAGCUAUGAGAUAUAGUAAAAAUAACUUGAUUUGGAUUCUGAGUGACAAUGGACCAUGGGAAGUAAAAUGUGACUUAUCUGGGUCAAGUGGCCCCUUUGUAGGAGCAUGGCAGCGAGAUGUGUUGCAUGGAGGUGGAGGAGGAAGUGCUGCAAAACAAACUGUUUGGGAAGGUGGUCACAGAGUUCCCAGCUUAGUGCUAUGGCCAGGAUACAUAGAGCCAGGAAGUAUGUCCAAUGCUUUGGUGUCUGCUCUUGACGUUUUUCCAACUAUUGCUGCAGUCUGCAACAUCUCACUUCCAACAGACAGAUAUUUUGAUGGUAUUGAUGUUCAAGGUAUCCUAACAGGAGAGUUGGAGAAAGCUCAUGAGGUGUUAUUUCACCCCAAUAGUGGAGCAGUAGGACCAGAAGGUGAAAUUGGGGCAGUAAGAAUUCAGGAGUACAAAGUUGUAUACUACUCUGGUGGCUCCCCAGAAUGUGGUGGCCGCACUGGUCCUUCAGUAUCACAUAUUUCGUCUCCACUUGUGUUUAACCUCAAGAAUGACCCUGGUGAGACAUACCCACUGAAGGUAACCAGCUCAGAAUGGAAGGCAACAGUGCAUGCAUCUGGGCAAGCACUUGCGUGGCUCCAUGAAAAUGUGCAGCAGGACAACACCAGCACUGUAGACUACACUAAAGAGCACAGUGCUCGGCCAUGUUGUGAUAAAUACAGUCCAAUUUGUCGCUGCCCCUGGGAUUAGGCCAGUGUUCUGCUACACAACCUGCCCAGAUCAUCACUGAACCUUGAUCCCAUGCUUGAGUCAUUUCUCUUCCGGGAAAAAAAAAAAAAAAAAAAAAGUUUUGCCAUGGCCACAGGAGUAUGCUUUCAGGUGACUGUUGUGUGUGUGUGUGUGUGUGUGUGUGUGUGUGUGUGUGUGUGUGUGUGUGUGUGUGUGUGUGUGAGUGUGUGUGAAUAUAUGUACUUUGACUAGAAAAAAGAGCCAACACUAGUCUAAAGAUAGUGUGAAUGCUGUUUUCUGUUACAUAUUUCUGUGCCCCCCACAUUGAUCCACUGUCAGUUACGUGGUUUCCUUUCCCUUAUUUUAUACACUUUUCCUGAAACAGUUACAUCCACAUUGUAAGAUACUCACAUUAAAUCUUGCAGUUAAAAUAGGUUUCCAUUGAACAAAAGUUUAAUUAGCUUACUAUUGUCAUUAAAAAGAAAGCAACAUAAACUGAUAACAACACACUCUGUAAGCUGUAAAGUUUAGAAAUAAUUGAAAAUUUCAAACAGUUUUUGUAGCUGUUAGCAACUGACAUAAUAUCAUUGUAUAACACAAAAGGGAGCUAUCUAAUGCUGAAAUGGAAGCCCAACUAAAAUCAGACCUUCUUGGUAACUCCUUUAAAGAAACUUUGUGGCAGAUUAAAACUGUGUGCCAGACUGAGAUUCAAACUCAGGACCUUUGCCUUUCAUGGGUAAGUGCUCUACCAACUGAGCUACCCAAGCACAACUCACGCCCCAUCCUCACAACUUUACUUCUGCCAGUUCCUCAUCUCCUACCUUCCAAACUUUACAGAAGCUCUCCUGUGAACCUUGCAGAACUAGCCCUCCUGAAAGAAAGGAUACUGCGGAGACAUGGUAUGUGGAGACAAUGUAUGUGGCCAGCAAGUUGACAUACUUUUUACUGAAAAAUGUACAUAACGGUAAAGUAACUGAUUCAUUCUACAUGGAGGAUCUUUAGUACAAUACAUGGAACUUGCAAAUAAGUAAACUAAACAGCACUAGUUGCUGGACCUUGUUUCUUUUUUCCUAUCUCUGUCAAUGUUGUGAAGUGUGAGUUAGAUAUCAGUGACUUAUGUAAAUUAGUAACACAUGACUCUUCAAAUGUUGAAUAAUGAUAAUUGACUCUGAUUAUAUUAAGUCUUUCCUGGAACAGUUAAAUUUUUCUAUAAAUUAUUUCAUCUAUUUUCAUUUAAAAUGUGUCAAAAUGAUGUUAUCCAGAGCACCAUUAUAAAGAAAUUUAAUUACUAUUAAAUUUUUCAUUCCAACAGUGUGAUGGAAGGAACUAAAGGUUUCAUUUCAUACUAUGAAAGAUUGUAACAAAACUGUAAAUUUUUGAGAACA